UAUAAAAUCCCCUUCACUCUCACUCACUCUUCCAACUCUCAAUUUCUUCUUUGCUUUUUGAAAACCUUGGCUCAUUUUCAGUGCUUCAAUCAGAUGGCUUUAGAAGCUCUUAACUCCCCAACAAACGCUGCUGCUCCUUUUCACUUCCAAGAUACCAAUUUACACUGCCUCGAUUCCUUCACCAAGCGUAAGCGUUCCAAGCGACCACGCUUGGACGAUGACCAUGUUCCCACCGAGGAAGAAUACCUCGCUCUCUGCCUUAUUAUGUUAGCACGCGGCGGUGCUCCUCGAACGACCUCCACUACUUUGACUCACCAAAAACUUGGCACCUACAAGUGCAGCGUUUGCAACAAGGCCUUUAAUUCUUACCAGGCUUUGGAUGGCCACAAAGCCAGCCACCGUAAACUUUCAGGAGGCAACGAUGACCACUCAACGCCAACGACCUUAUCAGCCGUUGGAUCAAACCCAAGCGGUAGGUCCCACGAGUGUUCAAUCUGUCACAAAAGCUUCCCUUCUGGCCAGGCCUUGGGAGGCCAUAAGCGAUGCCACUAUGAAGGUGGGGCAGCGAAUACCGGUAGCAUUACAUCUGAAGGAGUGAGUUCAACCUCAACCAAUACCACCCACCGGGACUUUGAUCUGAAUAUACCGGGUCUUCCUGCAUUCUCACCGGCUAAUUUAUUUGUUUCCGGCGGUGAUGAUGAAGUUGAAAGCCCACACCCUAGUAAGAAACCAUGUCUCUUGAUGCAGAGGCCACCCAAAAUUGAAGUCAACUAAAUUUUAGGCCAGAUUCCAUUUUUUUUUUGUUUUAUUUUUGUACAUAGCACAUGGACCAUUCAUUGGUCUCAAUGGCAGCAAGUUUUUUUUUUUUUUUAAAUUAAUUACUCAAUUCAAUUACUUUAAUUCCUCUUACGAUUUAUUCUCAUACGGUUUGCAAAACGUGGGCAGCAAAAGAAAAAAGUAGCUAAAGGCUAAUAACAGCCCAUAGAGAUGAGGUGUAUGUUGCAUGUGUUAUUGUUUGGUUGUCGUAAUUAAUAAUAUUUAGUUUACAAAGUCAUUUUGGGUCGAAUGGUUGUGGUUAGGAAGAUAGGCAUGAAGUGGGGGUGUACGUGAUGGGGCGGCUAAUAAGUUGAUUUGUGAUUCAUUUCUUUCCGCAUAUACAUGCUGUUUUCGUGUGGGAAAGUGAUUGAGUUAGUGGUGGCUUUUGAUCUGAUACUUUCUUCUUCAUCAUCAUCACUUCCGUAUUGAUUCAAUCAAUGCUAAUACAAUGCAUAUUUGGAUUCA